GAAGUGGAAGUGCCAAAGAGGGAGGUAACGGGGCGGCCUGGGUUGUGGCGGUUCCCUGGUGAUUGCACGCUGGGGUUGAGGCGUCUGCCGACAUUCGGACGAUGCCGUGACGCGGCAUGGCGACACUGUUGGCUGUGUGAGCGCACCCUGUAGAGGGAGCCCUUCGGUCCUGGAGGCGGCGCGGCGUGGAGACAGGUUGCUGUUUGAGAGCGCUCCCUCGAAGCCCCUCAGCGAGUGGGGGAGGGGCGGCGGACGGCGAGCGGUCCCGGUCUGCGCUUGCGCCGGCGCCUCUGCCGACCCGGCCUGCACGCACGCGCAUGCCUGUAGCGCGCGGAGCCGCGGUGGCCGGCAGCACUACGCUUGCGCGGUGAGGAACCCGCUAAGGAGCGGCGCUGGCGGACGUCGGGCUGGCGGCCCGUGACGUCGUGAAGAGAGCUUUAAAGUGCGGGCCGGGCCGAGCGUCCGAGGGUCUGGUCUGGAGUCGGGCCGCGUCUCCACAGCAGCCCUCCGCGGCAUGAGGCGCUGCCGGCGCCCCUGCCCCCCGGGACGUGGAGAAGGUGGAGGAGGAAAAAGCCCCGUUGUCGUUGCAUGACCCGCCGCCCCUGAGGCCCGACCCCACGCCUGGACCCUCGACGCCCCCCCGCCGGGUCUCCAGCUCACGUAUGGGAGUUCGGCGCUAAGGACCCCCUUUCCCUCCGGGGUCCCCGGGGCGCGUCCCCCUAGAGCCAUGCCUGGCUGCCCCGCCCGCCCCGGAGGACCCUAGAGCAGCGUCGUGGGGGCCAUGGCGGCCGCCAGCGGCUACACGGACCUGCGUGAGAAGCUCAAGUCCAUGACGUCCCGGGACAACUACAAGGCCGGCAGCCGGGAGGCCGCCGCUGCAGCUGCCGCCGCCGUAGCCGCCGCGGCCGCGGCCGCCGCCGCCGCCGAACAUUACCCGGUGUCCGGGGCCAAGCGCAAGUAUCAGGAGGACUCGGACCCCGAGCGCAGCGACUACGAGGAGCAGCAGCUGCAGAAGGAGGAGGAGGCGCGCAAGGUGAAGAGCGGCAUCCGCCAGAUGCGCCUCUUCAGCCAGGACGAGUGCGCCAAGAUCGAGGCCCGCAUCGACGAGGUGGUGUCCCGCGCUGAGAAGGGCCUGUACAACGAGCACACGGUGGACCGGGCCCCACUGCGCAACAAGUACUUCUUUGGCGAAGGCUACACUUACGGCGCCCAGCUGCAGAAGCGCGGGCCCGGCCAGGAGCGCCUCUACCCGCCGGGCGACGUGGACGAGAUCCCCGAGUGGGUGCACCAGCUGGUGAUCCAAAAGCUGGUGGAGCACCGCGUCAUCCCCGAGGGCUUCGUCAACAGCGCCGUCAUCAACGACUACCAGCCCGGCGGCUGCAUCGUGUCUCACGUGGACCCCAUCCACAUCUUCGAGCGCCCCAUCGUGUCCGUGUCCUUCUUUAGCGAUUCUGCGCUGUGCUUCGGCUGCAAGUUCCAGUUCAAGCCUAUUCGGGUGUCGGAACCAGUGCUUUCCCUGCCGGUGCGCAGAGGGAGCGUGACUGUGCUCAGGUAACCCACCUGGGUGGAGGGGGCGGCCCUGCGCCUGCUGCCUUAACUACCCACCCUGGCCCAGAAAGCAGCAGCCCAGUAGGAGCAAGAGAAGGGUUCUGUGUUUAAAUACCUAUAGCAAGAAAAUAGGGCUCAGGGAACUGAUGUGGAAAUCCUGUGCCCGAAGGCAGGUUUGACAGGAUCACUGACUUGGCUGAGAAUUCAUUGAACGCCAUCUUUUCAAAAGGCUAAGACGUUUCCCUUUGAUUUCUCAGUUUUCCUUUCUGGCCUUCCAUUUCCAAAUCUAUACUUUUAAAAAAUGUUUUUUGAAUUUACUAUCUAAAAGUCUUUCUUGUUCUGUCAUUUUUGGUUUCCUUAACAGAAAAUGUUCAUGGAUUCCUUAACAGAGAAAAUAGUCACAGGCAAAGGCCCCAGAGAUUAUUUAAUUGAAGCACAUUCUCCAUUCCCAGGAAGGGGAGUGACUUCCCUGGAGUUGGACAAAUUAGUGGUUGGGCUAGGAAUAGAGAGCAGCACACUCUUAGAAUUCUUCCCGCUUGGCUGCAAAAGAGCCCAUCAGUUCUUCGUAAGAACGUGUUACCUGUAGUCAGGACUGAAUACAACAGAAUACAGCUGGUCUCUUGACUGUGUGUUUGGCCUUAUAGUUGCAUGAGCAACAGAACUUAGGCUUUUGGCCUAUAUUUGGUCCCACAUCCUACUGAGAAUUAGCUCAGUGCCCUGGCCCCCAGAGGAGGUUGCCAGUGGGAACACCUCUACUGUUUAUGUGAAGUGAAAACUUACUUGGAAGCUGCAUUCUCCAGUCCUGAAAAAGGUAAACCUAGUAAUAUAAUUCAGUAAUCCCCAAAACCUCUUAGGUCUAGCCUGCAGCUGUUUUCAGAGCAGCUUGGUUGACCACCACCAAAUACAGGGUGAGGGCCCAAUGGGCUUUUGUCGUGAGCAGCUCAGGUUCUGAAGUGAGUCAGCAGGGCCAAAGUCAUGAGGAGCAGCAGGAUCCCUGGAACCUUCUUCAUAUCAUAAGGGCAGGCCAUCUAUCUCAUUUGAGUCGAGCAGCUGAGGCUGCUUCCAUGUUGGGGAUGGCAGCAGAGCCUUGUGCUAAGACCUCCUGUCAGUAGUAGCAGAAGCGAUACUUUGGCUCCUUAGGCGU